UCAAGGAAUUUGCUGUGGUGAUAAGGUGCUACACGGAGACAAACAUACAGUCAACAUAAAUAAAUGUAGAAAUAUAUAAAUAUGGAAUGGAAAAACAAGGUUGCAGAAAUAUACAUGUGCCGUGCAGAAGAACGGAAGAGAAUAUUGUGUACAUAUAAAGAUAUAAACUGACAACAUAAAAUAUACAACAACAAAGAUCAACAAUCUACAACAAAUAUGUGCGACAAAUAUGUGCAGUCCACACUGGUUCAACAGUAGCAGGUACCUCUACUGAGAAUCAAGCUUUGGGUUUCUGCUGUGUUGGGUGAGAACUUUACCUGCCCAGGGGGAGCCUAGCACAACAAACCAGAUAUUUGCCAUUGAAUGCAUUCUUUCAUUCUUCCACAAACAUAAUAAUACAAGCUGACAAUGCUUAGAAACAUUUCACAAUACCUUUUUUUUCAUCAAACACAUGCAGUGCUUGAAGUGGAAAGAAGUAAGUGCCAGUACUGCAUACCUGUGAGUGCCAGAUCAUUUCAAGCACUGAACACAUGGGAUUUUACAGUAAAGUGAGAAAGUUUGUUCGUAUGGUGUCGUCCUAGUUAGUUCUUAUGAAGACACAGAACACUUGGCAGUAAGUUGUAGACUUUACGGUGAAGACAUGAUGUAAUCAAAGCAUUUAGUCAGUUGGCUGGACUCAAUGCUGGCUAACUCAAAGAAGGAAUUUUCUUUUGUUAAACUUUAUUAUUAACGUUUGAGUUCAUCCCUACAGAAUCGAUGGCCAGUUGAUCACAGCUGACAAACACAAGACAUAUGACUCCAAUGUCAAACUGGAUGAGGAAGACAAAAAGGCUCCAAUAUUCUUCUUACCUGAGCAGACAACUGAAUCUUCAUACAGGUUCAGGUGUCCUGGUCCAGGUGUGUUCCAGUGUGCUUUGACUGGACUGGUGUUUGUUGUGGCUCAGGAGGCGGAGCUGCUGUACAGGACUGUCCAAUGGGAUGAGAGCCUCCUCCAACCAGCUGGCAAGACGGCUGCAGGGCCGCUGUUCAGUAUCAAGUGUCCUGAGGAUGCUGUCUGUCAGCUCCACCUGCCGCACUGUGAAACAAAGGACGCGUUGCUUGUUGACGGUCUGCUGUCUGUCGUCCACAUCACUGAUGAUGGAAUGAGCAUCUUGGAGCCACUGGAGAUUACAGACACUCAUGUGGUUGUGAAGGUCCUUCACCUCUCUGCCUUUGGCCUGGUCUGGGAUUAUCUAAAGAGGUUUUUGAACAACACAAAACCAAUUAGCAGCCAAGUCCUGCUGUUCCUCCGAGCGCCGAACCCAACAACACAGAUGCAAAAUCUCAAUGUUCUUCUCCUGCCAAGCAACAUCCCUUUGGAUGAGGUCAGCAAACGACAUCAACAUUCUGAGAACAUCCAGGCUCCUUCCACAUGUAAACUCAUCAGAGAUCAAAGUUACACUGUUCACUGUCCUCAGGCCAGUAAAAUACAGCCUAAGAAAGCAGAUUUUAACCUGGACUUUGGACCAAAUUACCACCCAACGUUUGAGAUCCGCCUGCCGACAAACACAGAAGAAGUGACUAUAAUAGUCCAAGACCAAGAAAAGACGGAAGUCUGGGAGCAUGAUGUUGAUCUAACAGGUCCAAGAAGGGAAAGUCUACAGAGGAACAUCCCAGCAGAGGAGAACAUCCCAGUAGAAGACAGCGUCCCAGCAGAGGAGGACGUCCCAGCAGAGGACAGACUGCUCUUAGUUCGGACACAGUUUGUGAACAGAGUGUCGGAACCUGUUCUGAACCAACUUUUAGAUAAACUCCUUGAACUUCAUGUUAUAAAUGAUGAUGAAAUGCAGUCAGUCAGAACAAAAGUUAAAGCAGAAAAAGCACGAGAUGUGAUCGACACGGUGCGAAGAAAGGGAACUGAAGCCAGUUCAGUCCUGAUCGCUGCUCUCUGUCAGGUGGAUCCGUGCCUUUCCAGAGUGCUGAAGUUAAGAUGAAGUAAAAACAAGAACUGUGAUGAUGAACCAGUAGAAUGAGAAGAAGGAAAAUGAAGAACUUUUGCUGUUAAAGCCUGUGUUUUUAACAAGUUAUUCAAAAGGCUUCAGAUGUGAUAGAGCUAAACUAGGACGGCAAUGGAUGGAUAUCGAUGUCACAAUUUGUGGUGUGAGUGCGUGGAUGAGCAGGCUGGUGGACACAAAUGCAGGACACAAAGGCUGACUGGUUCAGUUCAGUGAUUUAUUAAAUGAACAAAAGGCGAGCACACUUACUGUAGAGUGGCUGAGACCAUAAUCCAAAAUAAUGAUAGUCCAAGCAAAUAAAGCGAUCCAACAGAAAAUCCAAACUGAGUAUAGGCUAUAAGUCGGAGGAAUAAGGAUCAGUAUCAGCCUGUUUUUCCAAUGUUGUUAUAUUUAUUUUAAGGCACACUACAUUUUUUUUAUGAAGCUACUGUAAUAAUCCUAGUUCAAAUUACACAAUAAAUACCAGACCUCGCAACGCCUGUGAGGUCAGCAUAGUGUUAGGCAGCAGCUAACUUUACUUCUACAGGCGACACACAGCAACAUACACAAUUACUGUGCAUUCUCUCUUUGCGUCUUUCUUGUAAAAUACAUCCAACAACCCACAACAAGCACAUUGCGGCCCUGAGUUGACUACAAACUAAUAAUAGAGAUAGACUACCACAUAACAACAGACAGGACUGAAAACCAAAACAAAGACUAAUAAUAGAUACAAAACUGACUGAGAACUAACAACCAAAACCCAGAAACAAAGGAAAAAAGAAUCAAAAUACAGAACACAGAGAAGACACUGCCAAAAUAACACAGACAAACUCAGAACAGGAUCGUGACAGUUGAGCAGGAAAAUAUUCCCAUUAAGAGGUUGUGUCUGCAAAAUGCAUGACCUACAACAGACAGAUGCUGUUUAAAUGAGACGUCAAAUGAAACAGAAGCUUUUUUAGUUUAAUGCUAAAAUUAUAUUCAUAAGUUCUCAUAAAUGUAAAAGCCUCAAGACCACAAUGACAACAAUCACCUUUCAACUCAUAGACACAUCUUCGUGUCAGUUGCAUUGAGUUUGUAUGCAAUUGUGCAGUCUGUGAAAUUCGCUUUGCAUUCUGUCCAAACACCAGGGCUGGGUUGUAACGGAUUACAUGUAACGGCGUUACGUAAUCAGGAAUGAAAAAUACAGUAACUGUAUUCCGUAAAUAAAGACGUAAUUAGAUUACAGGUACAUUUUGUAAAAAUGGGGAUUACUCACAGGGAUUACUUUAAGAAGAAAGUUUCUAUGAAAUAGAAAACAGAGUGCUAUUUGCUAUUUACGUCUGUUUCCUGUAAAAAACACAAAGCUAGGGAGAGAUCUGUUGCAGAUACUGAUUGGCGUGUAGCCAGUAGUUGAAUGUGGUUACUGCCCUACCACGUCAUGUAGACCGAUUACAGCUCCCAGUGAGUGAACACGGCAGCCUCCGAGACUGAGGCCAAUCGGAAUCCUGGGAAUGCAGGACGAAGGUGGUUUUCUUGCCGGUUUGGCUUUUGACACUUGGAGUCCAGGUAUUAUCUCCCAUCAAUGACAGAGAGAUAAAUCUGACCCCAACAACUACAGACGUGUAAAAAUUCAAGACUUGGGCCAGAUAAGAAAGCUUGAACAUUUUUAUUAUCAACAAAAACAGACACCAAUUAGAAUACAAAAGUUCCACCGGAGUGAGUCAGAGAUCGGUGUAAAAUAGAGUCCCAUCCUGUUACCAGAACAGAGACCCGAGUCCACAUGAAAACCAUGUAACGACUGACUUUCACCUCCUUUUGGACCUCCUUUUAUAGCUCUGUUUCUUGGCUUUACAUCA